AUGGCGCCAAGCCCGACCGCUGUCGGAAGCCUCCUGGGACAGGUAGUCCACUAUCACCUCGACAAUGGCUCCUACGACAGUGCCCUCUUCUUCGCCGAACGAUACGCCGCGCAAGACCCUCAAUCCAGCGACGCCGCCCACCUCUUGUCGCUAUGCCACCUCCGACUCGGCGACUACCGAUCCGCCUACGACGUCAGCCAGCCGCUGGGAUGCCACGGCGUGAACUUGGGCUGCAGUUGGGUCUUUGCCCAGGCAUGCCUGGCCCUGGGGCGGUUUACGGACGGCAUCACAGCUUUGGAUAAGGCCAAGAGCUUGUGGUGGCAGAAGAACACCAUGGGCAAGCACAGCGCGACGACUCGAUCCGCAACCCCCGAUUGCCCUGCGGUCCUCUGCCUGCUGGGCAAGCUGUACCGUGGCUACGACGACAAGAAACGAGCCAUCAACUACUUUGAGGAGGCGCUGAAGCAGAAUGCGUUUUAUUGGGAUGCUUUCAAGGCUCUCUGUGACAUGGGCGUCGUGCUCCGAGCGCCAAAUAUCUUCCAGGCUAGCGACGGAUUACUGCAGAACCUUGGUCAAGAUCUGACUGCUUCGUAUGCUCCCCAGAAGAAGUCAGCCCCUAGGUCCAUGACGGUCGACUCCGGCGUUGACAUCUUUGGCGUUAGCGUUUCUGCUGGCAACAUCACCCCGAUGACCGAAAACGUUCUCGCAAAUUCGGAGAGCGACUUUAUUUCCAAGAUGCACAAGGCGAAGCUCAGGUUUACCAGCUCGAACAACAACCACCAGCACGAAAUGGAAGGCCUAGAGACUCCAACCGGGCCGCCAACGGAGGCGAUGAUGUCCCGGUCUAACAACCUGCAGGAACCGCCCCAUGCGCAGACGAGGAGGACCCGAAACGUGGACCAGACGCUCGAGCCGCAGCCGCGAACGAACCAUCGGCUGGGGUCAAGAAGAAACGCGGCUACACGAGAGAAGACCAACAACAGCCAGGAACAGGCGCUGGAGCCCAUCUCAGAUGCCCCCAGCGCCCCGACUGGGAACUCGCGAUCCAGUGUCAUUCCGACAACCGAUAGGAAACGAACGCACACUGGCUAUCCGGUGUCACGGUCGGCCAACGCGGAGGAGCAUGCGACCAGACGGAGUACCCGCAUAAAGUCGUCGGCCAAGUCCAACUCGGCGACCCCGGCUACCGGAGGAGCCCCUGUUGCACGAGAGCUGAAGAAGGCUAGGCCCCCUGUCUCUCGGCCUGUCCGACCGGGCUCCAGUGGCUCCGGCGUACCGAGGGUUGUUAGUGGAAGCCGAAAACCUCUAGAAGACCACAACGGAGACGGGGGAUACGGAGAGACGGGCAAGGCCCAGGAGGCCACGCCCCUGCCGGUUUCCAAGGUUGCAGAGCCUGACACGGCCAGGCUGGAAGCGGCCUUGAACUGGGUAAUGGAUCUGAUGAGAAAGCUGGGCAGCGGAUACUACGCAAUGUCCCAGUUUCAGUGUCAACAAGCUGUGCGCGAAUUGAGUUUGCUGCCCCCGGCUCAUCAGAACUCACCCUGGGUUCUGGCCUUGAUGGGACGGGCUCACUACGAGCAGGCCUUAUACGCCGACGCCGAGAAGUACUUUCGUAGGAUGCGGGAACAGGCCCCUUCACGUCUGGAAGAUAUGGAGGUGUACUCGACUGUUCUCUGGCAUCUGAAGCGGGAGACGGAGCUGUCCUUUUUGGCGCACGAACUUGUCGACGCUGCCUGGCACUCCCCGCAGGCCUGGUGUGCCCUGGGAAAUGCGUGGUCUCUGGCGCGCGACCCCGAGCAGGCCCUCAAGUGCUUCAAAAGAGCCACGCAAUUGGAUCCCAAGUUUGCAUACGGAUUCACGCUGCAGGGCCACGAGCACGUCACCAACGAGGAAUACGACAAAGCACUUACCGCGUACCGGCAGGCCAUCUCGGCGGACAAGAGGCACUACAACGCUUACUACGGCAUCGGGAGGGUCCAGCAACGCCUGGGCGCAUACGACAAGGCCCUUACGCACUUCAACGCCGCGCACCGCAUAAACCCCAACAAUGCGGUACUGGUAACGUGCAUCGGAACGGCGCUGGAGAAGCAGAAGCAAAUCAUACCCGCUCUGGCAGCCUAUCGCAAAGCAGUUGAGCUUGCCCCCGGCGCCGCCUCCACGAGAUACAAGAAGGCGCGAGCCCUCCUCGCAGUCGGCAACAUUGAGGAGGCACAGCAGGAGCUUGUCAUUUUGAAGAAUCUGGCUCCGGAUGAGGGCACGGUGCAUUUCCUGCUCGCGACGUUGUAUAGGAGUAUGAACGAGAGGCAGGAGGCUGUCCGCCACUUUACGAUUGCUCUGGCAUUGGAUCCAAAGGCUGGUCCGCAGAUUAAGGAGGCGAUUGAGAGUUUUGAGGACGAUAUACCAAUGGACGACUCACUGAUUUGA